AUGAUAAAAAAAAUAUUUGUUUUAUUAUUUAUUUUUAUUUUUAAAAUAAAUAAUAGCCAAAUCAUAUAUAAUAAUGGGGACAUUAAAUUGUAUGAUUACCCAUCAAAUGUUUAUUCAAGUUAUGGAACCAAAAAUGGAAAUACAAUUUGUAAUAACGAUCUUGUGUAUUGGAUGCCCAGCAAUACUUUUGAAAUUAAAGAUAUUCAACCAAACAUUCCAUUCACCCGAAAUACUAAAAAUGUUUUAGUUUUUACCUUAAACACUCCAGUAUCAUCAAAUAUUUAUAAAUUUAAUUUAAUUAUUACAAAUACCUCCUCUUUGUCGGAAUCACAAUAUACAAUUAACUUUUUAUGUGAAAGUAUAGAUACAGAAAAGUUGCAAAUUAAAGCUUUGUUCGAUAAACCCUUACCAGAUAAAAACACGGUAAAUUUUUAUUAUAUAUAUGUUUCAAUUAAAGAUUUAAAGUAUCCAUUAGAUCUAUUGGCAACAUCACCUACUUUCUCAAAUGAAGUAAUUAAUACAGAAAGAUUAAAUAAAGAGCUUUACAAUUUAAAAAUUAAUAAAGAAUUUGAAAAAAUAAUAGAUGUUAAUAUAAUCAUAAAUAUAUCUAUUCAGUCAAAGCAAUUUUCUAUUACAUUAAAACCAAUUUACCAAUCAUCCUCUUAUCAGUUAUUAAAAGUAAAGUCAUUUCCCAGUUCUCUUGCAGGACCUUUUAUAUACUAUCCAUUUUCAGCACCAGGUCUAUUUUUAACAUCUAACCUAACCAACUCCAAUUCGAUGUUGAUAUAUAACACAACAAAUUUCCUAGGUGAAUAUAUAAAAAAAAUAGGUCAACAAGUUGAUAGUAAUGGAAAUUUGCUAUAUACUUAUAUUGCACCAUUCAAUUUUUACACUGGUAGUAAUGGGGAUCAAAAAUAUUUCAUUAAAUACAACAAUGGUCCAAAUUUAGCUACAUUGGAAAAUUCUAUUGAAUUUGAAAUAAAAUCUCCCCAAUCUCCUUUACAAUCAACCUUAAGAGUUGAAGAUACCUUUAGCCAUAAAAUAGGAUGUGUUAAAUUAAACUGUCCAUUAAAUAGCUCCCCAAUAAAGUAUCAAUAUUUCGGUCUUAGUUUUGAAGCUGAGUAUCCUUAUGGUAUAGUUGAAGGAUCACCUACAGAGUUUACUUUUAAAAGCUUUUACCAUUUUAAAUUAGCAAAUGCUGCUUUUGAUAAUGCUUUAGGUGUUUCCCAAGUAUAUACCGGGAUUAAUUAUAAUGCCCCUCUUGAUGAAGAGAGUUCAACAGACACUUUACCACCAACAAUUUAUAUAUUCGAACUAGAACAAAUUAUAGCAAAUAAAUAUCUAUUAAGGGUAGGUGCCCAGGACCAAACCUCAAUUUCAACAUUCCUAUUGUAUAAAAGAUUUGGUUAUGAGACCUUGGUUAGUGGAGAUUCAAAGGAUGGUAUCUUUGAAAUGAUUAUAGAUAUAUUUCAAUUUAAUUUUUUUAGUGUUUACGACUACUUUUCCAAUAAAAUAGAAAUGACUGAAAACGCAAUAGCAAUUGUUUAUCCAAAUAACAUACCACUAUUGAUAACUCCUAAGCAGGUUCCAUACGUCGAUUUUAUAAUAGAAGAUGUUAGGUUUUUAAAGAAUGAUAUCGAUAUUUUAAAUCAACCUUCCAACAAUUCAAUUUACUUUUAUUCAUCAAAUCUCCCAAAGGACUAUCCUAUUACUUUCCAACUACUUGACACCAUAUCUUAUUAUGAUCAACUUGAAGGAUUUAUACAGCCUUUACCUGUCAAAUGGAGUAGCUCACUUCAGCUUUUCUAUUGUAAUUUUAUGGUACCAAAGAAUACAGAUGCAUACGAAAUAGAUUACGAAUUUAAAACACCUUAUACUACAAUUAAAUCUGCAGCAUAUUCACCACUCAGGGUAGCAAAAACCAACUAUGAUAAUGAUGGCCCAAUGAUCACAAAAAUUACAAACGCAAAUACAUUCGAAAAAACUGGAUGGAGAAUUACAAUUACCGAUGAAACCAAUGGGUUUAGCAAUGGAUAUAUUAAAGCAAUAGGUUUAAACGAUUUUUCAAUAUUCACUUUUAAUUUCACCUUUCAAAAUGCAACUAGUGGCACUAUUUUUAAUGGUGUCUAUGAUAUAAUAAUAAAUGUUCAUAUACUCUGCACAGUUCAAGAAUAUGAAAUUGAUUUUAUUUAUUUAGAAGACACAGGUAAAAGAUUUUCUCAAUAUUCAAAAUUUGGUUCAAAGUAUAUUGCAGCAAGAAAUCCCUUCAGAAAUUUAGAAGAAUCAAUAGAAGAUUACAAAACAAUGACAAUAUGUUCAAUUAUCAAUAAUGGAACUCGUUCACCAGAUCUUCUAUCGUUUAAUUAUUCAAAGAAUGAAAUUGAUGUUGGUGGAGUUGAUAGAACAAUAUCAUUUUGGUUUACUGCUGAGGAUACUGAAAGUGGCUUAAUGCCAUCUCAAAAACCCAAAGUAUAUUUAACAGCUUCCGAUAUGCAAUUACUUCAAUGUGAGUCAAUAAUUACUGAAAAAAAAGAAUCUAUGACCUCGUAUCAAUGUGACAUAGAAGUACCUCUUGGAUUUGGUUAUCCAAAUGACUUAUUAGUAUCUGUGCAUGGUUUCAUUAAUAAUGGUGGCUUUUAUAGUGGGUUUUCAAAUGAUGCAGAUGUGCUUAUAUACCAUUCAAGAGUUAAGGUAAUCUAUUCAAUGAUCCCAAUGCUUAUCAGCUAUGAACCAGUUUAUAUAUAUUCAACAUCAGAUAUUGUAAUAUAUGGCAAAUCUCUAAAAAACACAAUAUCCACUAUGAUUAAAUAUUCAAAUAAUGUUGUAAAGUCAUAUAAACCUAGCAGAAUUAUUGGUGAAACAGUAUUAAUAAUUAAAAGAGAUGAAAGUAUAGAAAUUACUGGUCCAUUUAGAGUUACUGCCAUAUCACAAUCAAAUAGAACCAAUAUAAUUACAAUCUACCCAAUUGAUGGCGGGUCUACAGGACCAAUGCCUCCAACUACAAACAAACCACAAAAAUGUCAAGGAACACCUCCAUGUGGUGGCCCAUCUCGUGGCCAUUGUGUUGAAAAUCAAGGUUGUGUGUGCAAUUCCCCAUAUGUUGGUAUAGAUUGCUCAUCCCAGGUUAUUAUUGUACCCAAGCCAUCAGUCAACAACACUGAGCCAACUGUUCAAAUUCCAAUAAAUGAUGACGAUGAAGUUGAUAAUGUUCUCUACAACUCAUUGGUAUCUAUAGUAUCGAUUAGAGAAAUAUCAAAUAUUAAUAAUAGUGCAAUAGGAACAUAUAAUUUUGAUAAGUGGUAUUUGAAACCUAUAGAUCAAUCGACAAACCAAUACUAUACCAACUUGACAAUAUCAUCACAAACAGUUCAUAUUACGGCAACAUUAAAAUGGUUUGAAAAUAUUACAAAUAUUAAUUUUGCAAAUCAAAAUCUAACCAUGAAUCCAUCAUCAAUUAAAUAUACCAUAGAAAUUUCCAACUAUCCAUUUGAAAAUCGUAUAAACUCUCUUCAACUUAUAAUGUCAGCAUCAUUUAUUUCAAGCAAAACUAAAGAUACCUGCUCAUUAAAAGAAUUUGACGAAACCACAUCCGGUGAUAAUUCAAAUUAUUUAAAAAUUCAAAUAGAAAACAAAUCGUUAUAUGGCAGAUUCAUAAAAAGAGCUAUUAUUAAUGAUGGAGCCGCAACAGUAUCGUUACAAAAUGAUUUAAUAGACUCUGAAAUGAAUACAAUAACAAAUCCACACCAAAUUCAAACCUAUAUAGGAAUAUUAAUGCCAUGGUUCGAAAAUAAUAUAAUUAUAGAUCCUGACUUUUCAGUGUUGGUUGAUAGUAACUCUGCCUCUUUAUCAUCAAACUCCACAUGCGCAAACAAUGAUCAAAAAUUAUCAAAUACCAAAAUUGCUGGAAUUGCUAUUGGUUGUGCUGCUUUUACAAUCAUUGCUGUGGUAUCUGUAAUAUAUAUUAUUCACAAAAAAAAAGUAAACAAAAGAUUUUUAAAAAAUAUAGAUGUCAAACUAAAAGAUAUGCAAUAA